UACAAGAAGCUGUGAGAGAAGAUAGCGCAGUAGUUUUUAGUAAAUUGAAAGAAAGUCAUAGUAUACUCAGAGAUAUGAAUCCGCCUAUAACCGAGUCUUCCGCAUCUAACUCUUAUUCAUCUAAAUGUGUUAGGGUUGAGGAUGAAGAUCCUAAUCACAUUGAUUCUGAUUACAUUGAGGAUGAAUGCAAAGAAGAUGUUGUUAAUGAAAAUAAAAAAUCAGGAAGCAUUUGUGAAAAAGUGAUUAAAGGGGAAACAAAUUCUUUUGUUGUUCAUAAUACAAGAAAACGUACUGAAAUGCUCAAAGGUGUAAAUAAUAACUUGGAUGGAAGAGAGUUUAAGAAGGCGAAAUGA